AUGGAAUGGCCUGGAAGAGCAACUGGCACUAACACCUGCCUGUUUGCCCAGGCAAUCAUGGGAUGCAAGUCUGCUGCUGCAAUUGAUAUGCUGGAUUUUUUAUUGCAUUAUGACCUGGUAUUCUUUUGUGUGGAUUGCUGUAUCCCACCCUGGAAUCAACUGAUGAAGAGCAGGUAAUAAAUAAACACAAUAAACACAAUUAUGUUUGUAUCAUAAUUGUAUUGGUUUGUGACCAUACAGAUUAAUUAAUUCAUUCAAAUGGGUAUAAAAUCUGAUUUCAGAAGAUAGCUCAGUUGGUUAGAGCAUGGUGCUGAUAAUGCCAAGGUUGCAUGUUUGAUUUCUGUAUGGGGCAGCUGCAUAUUCCUGCAUUGCAAGGGUGUUGGAGUAGAUGAUCCUCAGGGUCCCUUCCAACUCUACAGUUAUAUGAUUCUAUAGUCCACACUAUGAAUCAUUAACACACUUAAGAGUAGAGGCUAUACAUUACAGCCAUCAAUUCCCAUGGAUAAUUUUCACUCCCAGCCCCAAUUGUUGUUGGCACCAAAACACAGUGAAUUCCCCAGUCCAUUCUGAUUGCCAUGAAUGAUACGGAAUGAGGGUCAUGGGUACAUGCACUAUGCAAAUGCCCCCAAUGUACAUAAUGAUUGGUGCAGUUAUUGUCAAGAAGUUUAUAAAUGGAAAAUUCAUUAUUCUAUCCUCACUUGGGUGAUUGCCAUGAAAAGCAGUCUGAAUUGGUAGAAAGUUAACAAUGAAUAUACUACCUCACCUUACAGGAUUCCUGUGAUUUGGCUAUAUUUAUCAGACCCAAAUACUGUUCAUUUGGCUAUCAUUGCAUUUGCAAAUGAACAGUCAUCACAUUUAUUUCUGACACACAAACACAGUGUUUCCAGCAAUACUGCUACAAGUGCCGCAUAAGGGGAUGUGUCAGCAUAAUGCCAGCUAUAUCUGACAAUCUGUUCAAGCAGCUGGAGCCUUGUUUUCAAUACUGUGGCAUAACCAAAUCCUGAUGCCAUUCCACAUUAUCCCAGCUCUGCACGUUGCUGACUAAAGUGCAGAGAUGAGACUGCAAACCUUAUAACAUGACAGAAAAUAACAAUUAUACACACACACACUUUUGUGUGCUGUGAAAAGUGCAUUUAUUCACAUCCAAACUACCGUAACUCUCUCUUUCCAAUAAUAAUUCCAGUAAUAUUAUCAUCUGUCCAGCAGGAAGGAUGCCCUGAACCACUAAACGCUUAAUAAACAUCUAUCACCGUACAUCAAUGUCCAUAAAGACUACCAUCCUGGCAUUUGGAAAACAACUACAAGACAAAACCAUUUUCAGCAUCAAUCUCUGUAGUGAAGAGACUGACAUAAACUAUUGAAAGGAUUUUGAUAAGCUAAUCUCUAUUUUAUGACCAAUAUUCACAUCGUUUAUUUCAAGUGCUUACUUUAGAAACCUGGAGCAAAAUGAUGCUUGGGGAAUUGCCCAGCCACAAUUUGUAUACAUUUUUUUUCACAUCUGAUCUAAUGAGGUAGGCAUGCAGGAAGACACCUUUGUGAUGUGUCAUCUAAUUCCCGAUUCUCUGUGGGACAGCAAGCCCAAAGGAGGUGGUGGCCAUCUCCCUGUUCUGGCCUGGUGUGGCAGGAUUCCUGGGAGCCUCUGUGGUAACACAAGACUUCCAGGGAAGGCAGGGCUUCUUGGAUAUAAAAGGGAGCCCCAAACAUGAGACGAGGCUUGUUCAUAUCAAGGCUUUUCCACUCACCACACUUCCUUCAGUCUCUCACUGAGAGCAUUGCUGGUCACUAGUUGACAGGGCCAGAAUGUUAUUUUGCUCAUACAUGAUUGGCCAUCAGAAGGGCUGAACAAGUGGUUAUGACUUUGGAAAGUAUACAUGCAUUACUGGGGUGGUUUGUCCAUCUUUGGUCCCUCCACAAAACUCAGCUCUCACCUGUGGCUCCUAGAAGAUGUCAACAUGUGACUGGCUAGCUAAACUAGGUGAAGGUAGCCAAUGGGACUCAAACCCUCAAUGGGGUAGCCGAUGGAACUUAAACCCUGCAUGCAAAGACAGGUUCUAGUAGACUGAGCAAACGAGACCAAUAGUGGGUCCAACGGUCAAGAAAGCAGUUUCUGCACAUGCUAUAGAGGGAAGUGAUGGGCAGAUGGCAGGUAGCUCAUCUAGGGGAAGGAAAACUCUGGUGCUAAACCUCUGAUGCCUUGUGGGAUAUCUCCGAGAGAAGAAAAGGCAAAGGAGGUAGCCCUAAACAAAUCUGGAGUGCAGUCCCUAAGACAGUUGGAUAACAACUUGUACGCCUUCUUCUGGCAACUCUUGCAGCGAAGCUGGUGCCCAGUGUAUUGCUCUGCUUUUCUUUGGACCACAUCAGCAAGGCCAAGAGUGUGGGCUUGUCAUCUAAGCAGCCCAGGACCUGCAUUAACACUACCCAGGCUUGCACCGCAGGGAGGUCACUGUGGUGCUGCUAACACAGUUGUUUUACUUCACCCCCAGAAGUUCACUCCAUUGAGUCUCAAGACAGAUUGAUGCCAACAACAACCUAUGUUCCAUCAAGGGGCUCUUUACUUUAUGUUGCAGCCUAAAACACGGUUGGGGGAUCUGUCAACAACAACAACAACAACAACAACAACAACAACUGAAAAUAACAUACAGAAAUGCAUCUUAAUCAGGAAAAUGCUUUGCAAAAAUAGGCAAAAUAGCAUUUAAAUUUGUAAAUUAGGAUAAAUCCAUACUAAAAAGGUGAUGAAUUUUCAAGAGGAUUACACACACUCACACUGAUAUGUAAAUGUGGAGAACUGCACUUAAAAGUGAAAAAAAUGAGAAACUGAGGGAAACAGAAAUUAAGACAGAUUCACCCAUCCCUUGCAACAUAACAAGAGCAUGGUUAACAUUCCUGGCAAUGUUAUCAUUGUAGUGGAUUAAAAUUCCCUGCGGUAAAGGCAGGGCUUGCAAUAAUCCUGUUAACUAUGUGAGGCGUGUGCAAUGAAGCAAAUAAAAAGUCUAUAUAAUGGGGUCUUGUAUCGAAGGCAAAUUUAUAGCUCCAGUGAAAGCAAUAUCAAUCUUAUUAUAUAAGGAUGGCAAUCAUAAAUGUUCAUUAGCUUGGGUGACAAAAGAAAUGUUAGUGGUGGGGGAAGGAUUUCCUUUUAAUUUCUUACUCCAGGGAGAGAUACACUAAUAGAUAAAGGAUCAAAAUGUUCUGAUUUUCAAGUGGGAGAAGAAGGCAUCCUUCAUUUGUUUCUGCAAGGUUAUUGGACCAGAUUUCAUAAAAUGCUGGCACUGAAAUAAACGAGAAAGCCAUUGAUCACACAUUACUUGUGGGGAACUGGUUGUUUUCUCUUUUGUGAAAGAGAUAAGGACACAACUAUUAACUCUGAAAACAAAUGAAACAUGUUGGUACAUAAUCAAGAUUUCAGUUGGAGAAACACAGAAGGUUUUAAUCGGAGUCCCCUUGGGACCAAGUUAAAACAAUCCCUUUUCUCAGACAUCACCUUUUUUUCUCUUGUUGACAUUCUUUCUGGUGCUUGUCUGCACUAACCACUUUUUGUAGGGAACAGCAUAAAGAAUAGUCUUCUUCAACUGUUCAUAUCCCAUAUAAAGUAAAAAGGCAAGGGAGGACCCAGCUGCAAUGAGUGCACAAGCUCUGCCAUCUGCCACCAUUCCACUUGCCCUUCACAAGCUGGAGGGCAACUGUCUGAAGCAGACAGCUAACUAUAUUCAUGGAGGCUCCCCACACAUUUUAGAACCUUGUAAAAUCAGGUGAAACUGGCCACACAGUUGGUUGUGCAAAGAGAAGCAGUUUUGGAACCAGCAGAAUGCCCUCACCUUAUGAAAUCUCAUCCGAUGACUGCAUUGACCAUCAUAAAGAAACAGCAUCCAGCCUACCCCUUAUAUUGGCAAAAAUGUCAAAGCAACCUAGGUAGCUAUCACCCCAUAAAUGAGCCCCAUAAGGUAGUUAUUCUCCAGGUGGUCCAAGAAUGAGAGGAGGAGAGAGACGGCAAUGUCUGCUGGCCCCACCUUCAAAAUCCUAACGCUUACAGAUCUCCAUGUGUUGGGUGGUGGGUCUCAAGAGAAAGGUUGAGGCUAGCAUGUAUGACCCUGUUCUCCAUGCCAUGCCACACAUUCUUGGAACACAUGGAGAAUACCUUCUGCAUACAGCUAAAGUUUGAAUACAAAUGACAUGAAGGAACAGCUUUCCUCCUCCACUGGCUCACUCUUUCCUCUAGUGUGGAUUCCAGGCUCAAAAAUUUAGAGGCUUAGUUUGUUACAUCCUAGGAAGGUAUAGUGAGCAUUUUAUAGCAUGUUGGGGAAUUUCCUGCUCCCUAUACAAAAGGUUAUACUCUUCAAGAGGCUACUAAAGUAGGCAUUGUUAAUACAAACACAAUUUUGUUAACUGACCCUUUCAGGAACUCACCACUGCUGUUAUUAUAGAGAAGUACAUAUUAUAUUAGACUGCAGUCAAUGUUAUGCUGAAUUCCCAAAGAACUAACAUUCAUUAUGGGGUGAUUGCUCACCAAUGCACAGUAAAAUUUAAUAACUGAAACAAUCAUGAUCCAACACCUUGAAUCUAUAUCUGCUCCUCUGUGAAAAGAGUGUCAUACACGUUUUAAUGUUCUGCCCUGCAUUCUAUCCGCUAGGGAGUAUGCUAAAGGCAUUUUUAUCCUUGCCAGGCAAUUAUGUGCAGAAAGUCUGAAUUCUCUUUGGUCAGCUUCCAUAGAUAUUUCCCUUUACCAGCAUUAAAAUGACAAUUUAGUUUGCUAUUAAUAUACUUCAAUUAGAAGCAGAGAGGCUAAUAACCUCGUUGGGUUUUACCAAGAUCAGAAAUAUUCUCAUUUCACAGCCCACUGGUUCUUUAGAGGCAACUGAGGAUUCCCCACAAGUGAAGCUAAAACACUUAUUGAGCUAGCUUUGCAUACUAGACGCACAUUCUCCUGCACUUGAAUACAACAGCUAUGCUGCUUACACCUAAUUUAUGGAUCAGCCAAUACACAGAGGCUCAAACUGCACAUGACAUUAAUCAAGUGGUGUUUUCCUCCUGACAGCUUUCUAAAAAAAUAUGUAUUAAUAUACCUUGGGCCACUGACAAUUAAGGUAUUUAGUUUUGUGGGACCCACCUCUUACUUAAUUUAUAUCAUUUUAUUCUGUUUGGAAUAGCUUUUUGACAUCCUGGGACCUUAUGGUGAAGACAGGGUAAGAAAUAUUAUAAAUAAAUAGUGAAACAGCUACCUAGGCUGUUAUCUGUAACUGGAGACUGUCAUGGAAGAGAGCAGGAGAGUAUUUCCUCCUUCCUCUUUUCCCUCUCCAGUCCUGCCCCUCCUUGCAGCUGUUUUUAGCAACUUGCAAGAAAACAUGGAUGAACAGCUAUUCAUUUUCCCACAUAGAACUAAAAACAGCUCAGUUAUGCCAACCUUUCCUUCCCCAGGUCAGCCAUUGGAGAUUUAGAUUUUUUUGAGGGAGGGCUGUUGUCAGGGAGCAACAUUCCACCAGUUUAUUUGUUUAUUAUUAUUAUUAUUCCUUAGCACCCUGGUUCCAAAAUGUAGCAGUUUAUCUAGAAAGGUAAGUUCAGCUUAGUACUGCCUGUGCAGGAUGAAUUAAGUUGCAGUUUCCCCAAUUCUCCUUUAAUAUAGAGGAGCCAGUGACUUCCACCUACUGUUGCUAUUCAUAGGGUGACCAGUUAUGCAUUCAUAGAAUCAUAGAAUCAUAGAGUUGGAAGAGACCACAAGGGCCAUCGAGUCCAACCCCCUGCCAAGCAAGAAACACCAUCAGAGCACUCCUGACAUAUGGUUGUCAAGCCUCUGCUUAAAGACCUCCAAAGAAGGAGACUCCACCACACUCCUUGGCAGCAAAUUCCACUGUCGAACACCUAAUGUUUAGGUGGAAUCUUCUUUCUUGUAGUUUGGAUCCAUUGCUCCGUGUCCGCUUCUCUGGAGCAGCAGAAAACAACCUUUCUCCCUCCUCUAUGUGACAUCCUUUUAUAUAUUUGAACAUGGCUAUCAUAUCACCCCUUAACCUCCUCUUCUCCAGGCUAAACAUGCCCAGCUCCCUUAGCCGUUCCUCAUAAGGCAUCGUUUCCUGGCCUUUGACCAUUUUGGUUGCCCUCCUCUGGACACGUUCCAGUUUGUCAGUGUCCUUCUUGAACUGUGGUGCCCAGAACUGGACACAGUACUCCAGGUGAGGUCUGACCAGAGCAGAAUACAGUGGCACUAUUACUUCCCUUGAUCUAGAUGCUAUACUCCUAUUGAUGCAGCCCAGAAUAGCAUUGGCUUUUUUAGCUGCCGCGUCACACUGUUGGCUCAUGUCAAGUUUGUGGUCAACCAAGACUCCUAGAUCCUUUUCACAUGUACUGCUCUCAAGCCAGGUGUCACCCAUCUUGUAUUUGUGCCUCUCAUUUUUUUGCCCAAGUGCAAUACUUUACAUUUCUCCCUGUUAAAAUUCAUCUUGUUUGUUUUGGCCCAGUUCUCUAAUCUGUCAAGGUCGUUUUGAAGUGUGAUCCUGUCCUCUGGAUCAUCUCUAUUGGUGAUCACAGCAUUCCUUUCUAGGUGCUCACAGACUGUUUGCUUAAUGAUCUGCUCCAGAUUCUUCCCUGGUAUUGAUGUCAGACUGACUGGGCGGUAAUUAUUUGGGUCCUCUCUUUUCCCCUUUUUGAAAAUAGGGACAACAUUUGCCCUCCUCCAGUCUGCCGGGACUUCGCCUGUUCUCCAGGAAUUCUCAAAGAUGACUGCCAGUGGUUUUGAGAUCACAUCUGCCAGUUCUUUUAAUACUCUUGGAUGCAGUUCAUCUGGCCCUGGAGACUUGAAUACAUCUAGACUAGCCAAGUAUUCUUGUACUAUCUCCUUAGUUAUUCUGGGCUGUGUUUCCUCUGCUGAAUCAUUUGCUCCAAAUUCUUCAGGUCAGGCAUUGUUUUCUUUAUCGGAGAAGACUGAGGCAAAGAAGGCAUUGAGGAGUUCAGCCCUUUCUGUGUCCCCUGUUUGCAUUUCACCAUCUUCUCCUCUGAGUGCCAGUGUGGUGUAGUGGUUAAGAGCGGUAGUCUCGUAAUCUGGGGAACCGGGUUUGAGUCUCCGCUCCUCCACAUGCAGCUGCUGGGUGACCAUGGGCCAGUCACACUUCUUUGAAGUCUCUCAGCCCCACUCACCUCACAAAGUGUUUGUUGUGGGGGAGGAAGGGAAAGGAGAAUGUUAGCCGCUUUGAGACUCCUUAAAGGGAGUGAAAGGCGGGAUAUCAAAUCCAAACUCUUCUUCUUCUUCUUCUUCUUCUUCUUCUUCUUCUUCUUCUUCUUCUGAGUGACCCCACUGUUUCUUUGUUCUUCCUUUUGCUACGAACAUACCCAUAAAAGCCUUUUUUGUUGCUUUUAACCUCUCUAGCAAGCCUGAGUUCAUUCUGUGCUUUAGCUUUUCUGACUUUGUGUCUACACGUGCUGGCUAUUUGUUUGAAUUCCUCUUUGGUGGUUUCCCCCUUUUCCAUUUUUGGUCACAUCCUUUUUUAAUCUUAACUCAGUUAAAAGUUCUUUAGAUAGCCAUCCUGGCUUCUUUAGGCACCUUCCAUGUUUCCAUCUCAUUGGUAUUGCCUGAAGUUGUGCUUUUACUAUCUCCCUCUUAACAAACUCCCAGCCAUCAUGAACUCCCUUUCCUUUUACUAUUACUGUCCAUGGGAUCUCACCCAGCACUUCCCUAAGUUUUAUGAAGUCGGCUUUCUUAAAGUCAAGAAAUUGAGUCCUAGUAUGCUUGGCUGCUCCUUUCCGCUGUAUAGUAAACUUCAGAAGAGCAUGAUCACUCGCGCCUAAUGAUCCUUCCACUUCUACCCCACUAACCAGGUCAUCAACACUGGUUAGGACCAGAUCUAAAAUGGCUGUUCCUCUUGUUGCUUCUCCCACUUUCUGGACAAUGAAGUUGUCUGCAACACCAGUGAGGAAUCUGUUUGACCUUAUGCUCUUGGCUGAGUUUGACAUCCAACAAAUAUCCGGGUAAUUGAAGUCCCCCAUUACUACUAUCUCCCUUCCUUUUGCAUGCUUGGCCAUCUGUUCCAGGAAGGCAUCAUCUAUGUCCUCCGUUUGGCUUGGGGAUCUAUAGUAAACUCCCACAAUGAGGUCACUGUUAUUCUUCUCUCCCUUAAUUUUGACCCAAAUGCUCUCACUUUGGCUUUGAGGUUCUAAAUCUUGGAUCUCUUCACAGGUAUACACAUCCCUGACAUAUAACGCCACUCCUCCUCCUUUCUUGUCUGGUCUGUUUCUCUGAAAUAGAUUGUAUCCCUCCAUUAUUACAUUCCAAUCGUGGGACUUAUCCCACCAGGUUUCAGUGAUGCCUAUUAUGUCAUAUUUAGUUUGCUGUACCAAGAGCUCAAGCUCAUCUUGUUUAUUUCCCAUGCUUUGCACAUUAGUGUACAGACAUUGAAGUCCAUUAAAACUUUGUCAAAAAGAGGUCAAAAUAAUUUGCAUGAAAUUUGCAUAUGGCAAUUUGGAUGUAUAGGUGCAAAUUUAGAAAUGACUGCUACAAUUUAGAUGGAAAUAGAAAUAAUCUCACCAUAGUGGGGAAGAUACCAGGUGACUCGUGACCAACUGCUGCUAACUGUUGAUGGGCAAGUUCAAGGCUUCUGUUUCCCUCUUUUGCUCCAUUUACCCCUGCCACUGCUUCUCUGCUCUUUCCCCCCAUGCAAUAUUUUAUAUUGCAAGAUUUAAGUGUCAUGCAUACAGCUUGUUGUUGUUGUUUAGUCGUUUAGUCAUGUCCGACUCUUCGUGACCCCAUGGACCAGAGCACGCCAGGCACUUCUGUCUUCCACUGCCUCCCGCAGUUUGGUCAAACUCAUGCUGGUAGCUUCGAGAACACUAUCCAACUAUAUCGUCCUCUGUCGUCCCGUUCUCCUUGUGCCCUCAUGCAUACAGCUAGUGCAACAUAAAUACGAACAAUUCAAGACAAACAUAUUUCCCCCAGCAGAGGCUGCUGAAGAAUUAUUUGCAGCUAUUACCAAUUCGGAAGCCAGGCAAGGAGGUAGCCAUGUCCUCACUUGACAACCAUAACAGAAUUGUGAACAUUCUGUGACCUGAACCCCUCUGCGGAGCUCAGCAGCACCUCUUAGAAGUCUCUGUGGCCAACAAAAUUGCGGCAGGAUUGCACCAGUGCUCAUCUAUGCAACCACAUUUGCACUACUAUUGGGAUUUCAACAAGCAACACACGUGUUAUAGCAAACAGCUAGGAACAUAUGGAGUACUCAGCAUAGCUUUAAACAAUAAACAACAGUGGUUUUAAAAACCAACAAUGAUGUUCACCAGUGGCCCCACCAGUGGCCCCACCAUGAAAGCAGCACACACUUUACAGUAGCACACAUGGCUCUAGGAGGGAUGUUUUCUUUUUAAAAAAAUGGGAUUCUUGUUUGAAAGAUUCCCACUGAUUUUUUUUAGUAUCCAAAAUCUUAUUUCCACCACUAACUUAAACUCCAAGGUAUAGCAUUAACUAUGACCAAUCAAGUUCCUUUGCAUCAACAUUUGCACCCAUUGACACACACAAACGGCUCUUUGAGACUCCCUUUAAAUACCCAGCCUUGAACUAGCAAAGCAUAGGGACUUAGUAACCUAAAUCCCCACAAUAGUUUUAGCCCUGUUCCUUUCUUCCUUAGAUACAGAAGGAAAUCUUUGGAAAGCUAACGUUUUAAAGGUAUGAAGCCAAUUACUUUUAAGGUGUGAGUGUCUCCCCAUAGUUGAAGAGGUUUUUAUGCACCUCUUGCCGGACAUCUGGAUCUGUUUUCUCAUUAGAAAGAUUUUGCAAUAACUAGACAUUUUCCCUAACUGGAAAAGAGUAUAGCAACAAGGAUAUAAGAGCUAAUACUGAAUUUGGGCAAACCUUUGACCCAGCCUUGAAGGAACAUCUGAAUCUAAAUCUAAGUCCCUCUUUUUGCCAUUUGCUUAAUUUUUAGUGUCUCCCACUGUUCAGGGUGUGCUCUCAGGAGCAGAAAGUAAUUCCGGAGACAGCAAUGAAAGAAAAACUUUCUCUGGAUCUAACAAUUUCAUAUUCUGAUCUUUAUUCAAUCUUUAUUACUCGGAUUUAUAGCAAUGCAUAAUUAAACACAAUUCUCAUUACAAUGAUGCAAAAUUAUAACCUGGUUAUGAUUCUGCAGGAAUAUUUAUUUUAUACACACACCACACAAGAUCUAACUUAAAAUUCAUGUUUGAAAAUAUAUUUUCAUUUAAUGGAGGAAACCAAUAUACAAUAAUUUGACACAGGUACCCCCAAAUAGGCAUCUUUUAGAGAUCUAUAGUAUUUAGUACAAAUGAAAAUAGGGCCCUAGGUUGGAGUUGUUCAUAACACUGUGGGUCAGCUUAGAGUCUGCAGCAAUUAAUCUUUAAAAGACUGCACACUUCCAUACCUUACCAUUUAUGGUAACAGAAAUCUCAUAAUAAGUGAGCUAAGCUAAAAGUCCAGUCCUAGCAAUCAGGGCAAGGAAGUUUCGUGUAAUGUAGUUUUUUCAGCUGUGGAUUUGCUGCUGCUUGAUUGCUAAUAUGGAACAGACUCGGGAUAUGUCAAAAACAUUAUGAACACAAGAUCUUCUGGGCAAAGACUUUACCAAUUCCCUGCAAUUGUAAGUAAUAUUUCAGAGAAGUUUGUUUACCUGUUUGCAAUCCUUUGCUGUAGUUUUGGUGUGUGAGUGUUUUAACAAAACAAUUCUAAAUUUCCUGAAGCAUCCCCACCCCAUCUAGAUAGCAAACACAUUUCAGAAAUAUUGCAGACAGCAAUGGACCAAAAAAAAUAAAAAUCAAUUUUUGAAUAAUGGACAAAAAAAGUCACAGGAGGAAAUGUUUCAUUGAAUCCUUUGCUUAUAAAAAUUAUAUAGGGACCGGAAAAAAAUAAAGUGAGUAAUAUAUGCUAAGAUCUUGUGAACUGCACAGUGUGAAGGCAUCAUUGUGAGGGUCAGUGCUCUAGCUUCAUCUAAAUGAAUAUCCUUUGCUUCAGCAACGAAUUUUUCUCAAGGAAUUCAGUGAAUUUGAUAUGCCCAUUCCUAGUUUAUUUUUUCUGUGGAUUUGUAGUCAUUAAUUUUUGGUUAAGAAUACUAAAUGGAAAAAGCCCUUUCAUGGCUGGGAAUGAACCAAGAGCCACUUUAGAAGUUUGUUUGCAUUGUUUUGCUUUUCAUUAAAAGACACAUUUUUAUUACAUGUAUCUUAGAGCUUUUGUGAUAGAAUGGGUUAAGAGAUUAAAUAAAGAAACCCAAAAAGUCACAUGUGAAUAAUCCUGAUAACAUUUAUUGCAGGAAAUCAUAUCAAAUUAUAAAACAAAACAAAAUAAAGCACUCAGUGGGAAAACUAUGCAAUACCAACCCAAAACAAGACAAACACAAAGAAAAGCCAAACCAGGAGGCAAAGAAUAAAAGAAACAAAGUUUAAAAAAGCAGAAAUGAAGUUUGCUGUCCUUCUUCAAAGUGUCUGAAAGUUACAAACACACCUUCAUGGCUCCAUGUUAUUUUGUCUACAAAAGUAGUUGUUGUGUCUGUUUACAGAGGCCCUGUGUUAUUCUUCCCAUCUUGUGUCACUUAAGAUUUAUUUCUAGGACAGCAUCACCAGACAGCACCUACAAGGUAACAAUUCACAUAACAAAUUUAUGGAGGAGAACUCAAGGGAGCGUGUACUGAGCUUUGAUUCAAAUAGGUUACAGAAAUAAAUUCUCCUUUAUCCCUCAUGUUAUGACUGUAGGUCAUGCAUAACUUUGCUGACUUGAAGAUUGACAUGGCUUGUGAAGUCCCCACAUCCCCAACAAUCUGCAGCCCUAUGAGGCUGACUUGCAGAAAUUCAAGUACCGUAUUUUUCGCCCUAUAGGACACACCGGACCAUAGGAUGCACCUAGUUUUUUUGGGGGGGGGGAAUAAAGGGAAAAAAAUUAUUUCCUCCCCCAGCCACAGAUAUCUGCCCGAAGCGUGGGGCGCUCUGAUUCAGCGCGCCCCGCACUCCGGGCAGCAGGCUGCUAUCCGCAGCCUAGGGAGCCCUGCGGAAACUCCCGCAGGGCUCCCUAGGCUGCGGAUAUCUGCCCGAAGUGUGGGGCGCUCUGCUUCAGCGUGCCCCGCGCUUCGGGCAAGCAGGCUGCCGAUAUCUGCCCAAAGUGCGGGGUGCUCUGCUUCAGCGCGCCCCGCGCUCCGUGCAGCAGGCUGCUAUCCGCAGCCUAGGGAGCCCUGCGGGAACUCCCGCAGGCUCCCCAGGCUUGCUGAUAGCUUCCUGAAGCGUGGAGAGCGAGAGGAGUCGGUGCGCACCGACCCCUCUCGCUCUCCAUGCUUCAGCGAAAGCCUGCAUUCGCCCCAUAGGACACACACAGAUUUCCCCUUCAUUUUUGGAGGGGAAAAAGUGCAUCCUAUAGGGCGAAAACUAUGGUAGUUCUUGCCCUACAACCAGAGACUUCACUGAAAAGAACUACCACAGGAAAUGGAUUUCCUCUGGAGAAAAAUAGAACUCUGUAUCUAAAAGUUAAAAUCCACCAUAGAAGCUGAACCCACAGGUCAAGCAUAAUAUGAAGAUUAUCAUGAGUAGCAGCAGAGUUCCAUGAUUACAUAGAACAUGCAUAAACAGUAAUUCCCAAACCCAGCAACAUUCAGCAAGGCCACAAAAAGUUUAGGAUUCAAAGUCUCUAGAUGUAGCUUUGGAGCUUUUAGCAUUGCUUCUUUUAACAUUGCUUCAGCUGAUUUACUAAAAUAAAAGCUUGUCUCUAAGUCAGAACUGAAAUUACCCCAAUGUACAUUUCGGGUUUUCAUCACAGACAUUAUUCUUUCAUUGCUUUAAAUUCCACAUUGUAUUCAUAUGCACAAACACAAAGCUUGGGAAUGAGGUUCUAUUUAAACUCUCUGUUGACAUUUUAAAUUCAAUCAAUUUAUAUAAUUUCAACAACAAAAAGCGCCCCCCAGCAGCUGAGCAGAAAGUUAAUUUGUAGGAUUGCUAAACCAUUUGUGUACGUGCACUAAACUUAGACACAGGAAUGAGCAGACCAUGAAUUGUUCUGUCAGUAUAAACUAGCAAAGUUAACAGAAUGUAUGCAUACAAGGAAGAGCAUGCAAACAUGUGCUUUGGGUCUGGCUGCAUGUGUAACGCAUUACAAAACCAGUCUUUCAUUUUGUUUUGUUUUGUUCAGGAGCAGCUGUACCAGGAGGGGUGUUUGGAAGAGAGCAACAGUGUAUAUUGGUGGGGAGGGGAAAGUGCUCCAUUAUCAACCCAAGCCACUUUUCCACCUGCAGGGUCCUAAGGCUUGAUGGGAGCAGUUGGGGGACCAUUUGAUGCAGAGCCAAGCAGUGGUGACUGAGGGGUACAUAAUCCUUGUAUUUCCUGGUGCUUCACCACCAAGGCCUGUGCUACCUCAGGACUUUCUGAGGCAGUUGCUUCAGGUGGCACUUCAGGAGGGGCAGCAGAUUUGCAUCUGGGUGCCAUGCUUGCAGAAGUGAGGACCUCUUCCUCCUCCCUGAAAGUGAACUGGAUUUUUGUCCAACACCUGAGAUCAUCUUCUGAGGCCCUUCUUUGUGUGCCUUCUCCACAAGAGUUCUGGAGGGUGGCACCUGGCGCCGUCAUUAUACACCUUUAGGCACCAGGCAAAAACGUUCCUCUUUAAAGAGGCCUUUGGCUGAUUCACAUCCAAUGCCCUUUUAAAAUGGGGGUUAUUGGUUUGUUUCUGUUUCUAUUCUGAUUAUGUGUUUUGUAGUUUUAUAUUGUGAUUUUAUCCUGUAAACCACCCUGAGACCUGUGGGUAUAGGGCUGUAUCCAAAUUCAAGAAAUAGUAAUAAUAAUUAUAAUGAUGAUGAUGAUGAUGAAUGUAGCAGUGUAGGUAUUUCUCACCCCCCCCCCUCCACUCUAGUAUUUCCCACUAUGUGGACAUCCUGAUAUGGUGAUUCUAAAGUCAGGCUUAGGACAUCCUCCCAGUGUUCAGACUCAUCACUGUCUUCCUGCACUGCUUUAAUUUUCUGUCUCUGAGUUUCCUUGACAGGGUUUGAAAAUCAGUUGGGUUUAACUCUAGAAGGUUCAACUUAGAUUUUAAACUUUGCAUAUUUUAUUGUUGUAAGCCACUUGGUAAUAUAGAUGGUGAAAAGCCCUGUAUACAUUUAAAUAAAUAAAUCAGAAGACAGAGUUGGAUAAAUAUCCAUAAAAGUGGCAUUAGGCCUACAUGGGUGGUUUAAGGUAAGGUGACCAUAUUGCAGAACUGGAAAGGACUUUAAGGUCCACAACUAGGGAUGUUGGGGUGGUGUGGCUGUGGCUUCCAGGAUCUGGUGAGAUCACACAGAAGCAUUCCUUGGAUUCUGCUAACUGAUGUGGCUGCCUCAAUCUGCUUCCUGGACAGGAUGGCCCUGUCUAUAACUAUGCAUAACUAACACCACAUGACCCCAUACACCUUCUAAACCUGUUUGGGGGGGUCCCCAAACUUCCUGAGUAGAUUGAGGGGGCACCAGGGGGCACAGGAAGAAGAAAUGAAUACAAAAUCUAUUAUUUUCUCUUCUUAUUUCAUAUCCUCUUUAUUCCCCUCCUCACAGGCCCAACAGAGAACAUCUGCCUUACAAUGUCAUUCUAA